UCUUUACUUGCAUAGCAUUACUUGCCCUGAUUUUUUUUUUUUGCUUCUUUUGGUUAUGGUCUGGUGAUAGAGAUAGAAAACAGUUGAUACCGAAAAGCAUAGAAUGGGACGGCGUUUCUCUCUUCUUCACCUCCUUAAUCCUAUAGCUCCUAUAACUCCUAAUACUGCGUCUUCUACUGCUGGUCUUUUUGCUUCCCUGCACUUUGGUCGCUCAGUGUCGGGAAUUUUUUUUGGUAGUCGGAUAAAUAUUGUUACUUCCGGCUGACUAAUAAAUAAAUAUACUUAUUAAGCAAAAGAUGAAUAAGUAAUUAGGAUGACUAAGUUUACUUACUAAGCAGAGCUCGAACUCGUCAAAUUAACGACUCCGUCAAUUAUCAUCACCAACGGCACUUGCAGCUACUUCACUCUACUCGACGACAUCUACAGCUUGAUACACCUCGAUACUACGCUUAAUACCACCCUUAAUACUACUGAUCCAUCCACCAUGGACUAUGACGCCAUGGACAUAGAGCCCCAAGGGCCCCAAGUCACCGUCCGCGAAGUGAGCUUAUAUUCUAUACCCAACCCAUAGACAAUAAGCCCCCUCCCUCUAACAUCUUUCCCCCAGGCAGAGCCGUACCGAGUCGACUUCCGCCUCAGCUCCGUCGACCUCGCCUUCGCCAACUCCUUCCGUCGCACCAUCCUCGCCGAAAUCCCCACCGUCGCAAUAGACGUCGUCGAGAUAGAAGUAAACACCUCCGUCCUGCCCGACGAAUUCAUCUCCCAUCGUCUCGGCCUGAUACCCCUCUGCUCGAAAAACUGCGACACAGACAUGCUGUAUUCGCGAGACUGCGACUGCGAAGCCGGCUGUGCGCGGUGCGUCAUCAACCUCUCGCUACAUGCCAAAUGCACCACGGAGGAAAUCAUGAAAGUGUAUGCCAGGGAUCUGGUUGUUGUAGGCGACCGCGCAAACGAGUGGGUUGGCAAUCCCGUGGUUACGGAUCCGGAGGGGAAAGGACCGAUUAUAUGUAAGCUUCGAAGAGGGCAGGAGGUCAAGUUCAAUUGUAUUGUGAAGAAGGGUAUUGCAAAGGAACAUGCCAAGUGGGCGCCGACGGCGGCGGUUGGGUUCGAGUAUGAUCCGCAUAAUAACCUGCGUCAUGUGGAUUAUUGGUUUGAAGAGGACCCAGUUAAGGAAUGGCCAUUAUCUGCGAACGCAGGAUGGGAAACAGCCCAGCCCAAGGACCUCCCGUUCAACUACGACGCUACCCCCAACACAUUCUACAUCGAUAUAGAAAGUAUAGGAAACCUCGAACCCGACGCAGUGGUGCAGCAAGGUAUCAUCAUGAUGCAGCGGAAGCUAGCUGAGAUCAUUUCCGGCUUGACGGGUUCCGAUGGACAGGGCGGCAUGGUUAACGGUGGAGUCGAUCAGGACGGUGCUGGCGCCAGGAGUCCGGAUGCAUAUGAGCCGCCAGAAGGUAUCGAUGGCGGGUUCACAGCCUACGGGGGUGCGAAUGGAGCUGGCCCUGGUGCUGGGCCGGGUGCGGGUGGGAGUGGGAGCGUCUGGGGCGGGGCAGGUGGUGCGACGCCGUACGGUGCGACGCCUUAUGGUCAGGGAUACGGCUUUUAA